CCUCAACUACCAAUCUCAAACUCUUUCCAUCUAUAAAUAACCUCUCUAUUUUCUAACCCUAACCAUAACACAAAUACACCAAAAAAAAAAAAACAGAAAGUAACAUGAGAUCUCUCUUAUUAGCCGUGUGCCUGGUUCUUGCUUUACACUGCGGUGAAGCAGCCGUGUCUUGCAACACGGUGAUUGCGGAUCUUUACCCUUGCUUAUCCUACGUGACUCAGGGCGGACCGGUCCCAACCCUCUGCUGCAACGGUCUCACAACACUCAAGAGUCAGGCUCAAACUUCUGUGGACCGUCAGGGGGUCUGUCGUUGCAUCAAAUCUGCUAUUGGAGGACUCACUCUCUCUCCUAGAACCAUCCAAAAUGCUUUGGAAUUGCCUUCUAAAUGUGGUGUCGAUCUCCCUUACAAGUUCAGCCCUUCCACUGACUGCGACAGUAUCCAGUGAGACAAGCAGAAAAUCUUAAAGGAAGCUACUACAAGAACUAUAAUAACCUAAUAAUUAAUAAAUGAGGGCAUUGGUUUGCUAGUUGCUAAUUGAUCAGUGAUGUAUUGUCAUUUUGAAUGUUCUAAUAUCAGCAGGCACUUAUCUCUGAAACAUUCUCCAUGCUUCCACCCUAUACACAUACAAUUAUUGAAAAUGCGUUAGUAAACACUCAAAAAUCUCGAUCAACUGUGAAAAAUAUAUAUUUGUUUAUGUUUACUAACCAAGAAUUCAUAAACAAACU